AUGUCGUUCGUUCCCAUCCGUGCCCCACCAAGCGCUCUCCAAGGCAUCGCCGCGGAGGAGGCGCGUUGCAUCUUCAGUCGCUUCACAGCUGACACCGCCUGGACGUUAGGCUGUAUGCUGCGCGAUCGCCUGCGGCGUGCAUCGCCCAAGCCAGCAGUCAUCAACAUCACGCUUGCCAACAGCGACCAGCUCCUCUUUCACGCAGCGACGGGGCCGGGUACUGGCCCGGACAACGACACCUGGGUCGCGCGCAAGCGCCGUGCCGUCCUUCGCUGGGGCGCGAGCACCUGGGCGCUGCACAACAAGUACGGGGGCGACGAAGUGCUGUUUGCAUCAAAGUUCCAACUGGGUGCGCGAGGAGGAGAAUAUGCCAUCCACGGCGGCGGAUUCCCGGUGCGCGUGAAGGGCGUGGAGGGUGUGAUUGGUGUGAUUGUGGUGAGCGGGCUGACGAUGCAGGAGGACCAUGAAGUGAUCGUGGAGGUGAUUGAGGACUACUUGCAGAAGGUUAAGAGUGGAGAGAUUCAGGACUGA